GUGAUACAAGCUCGUCCCAGCCCAAAGCAAAGGACUCGGGUCGAACAGGAAGCCCAACUAAAAACACCGGGUCGGGUCGACCUAUAAAAGUAUAUAUCUCAGACGAUGCCCUAAACCCUAGCGCUUCUCCACCAGAAUCACCUCUUUCCCACUCCUCUCUUCCGUGCUGUGGCGGCGGCAAACCUACCAUCACCAUGGUGAACGUUCCCAAGACAAAGAAGACCUACUGCAAGAGCAAGGAGUGCAGGAAGCACACCUUGCACAAGGUCACCCAGUACAAGAAAGGUAAGGAUAGCCUCGCUGCUCAGGGGAAGCGACGUUACGAUCGCAAGCAGUCUGGAUAUGGUGGUCAGACAAAGCCCGUCUUCCACAAGAAGGCCAAGACUACCAAGAAGAUUGUGCUGAGGCUCCAGUGCCAAGGCUGCAAGCAUGUCUCACAGCACCCGAUUAAGAGAUGCAAGCACUUUGAGAUUGGCGGGGACAAAAAGGGCAAGGGCACUUCUCUCUUCUAAGCAUCGGAUUAUUUUCUGUGUUACUGCCUCAAGUCAGCCACUAGUUUUGGCUAUUUUGUUCCUUUGGACUUGCAGUUUCUUUUGACUUUCGUUUCAAGGCACGUAGGUUGAGUACUUAGAUGGUCAUCCCUGAAUUGGUUUUUAUCUUCUCUGUAGUUGAUGAAAAUUUUACUUAUGCAGCUUAUAUACGUUGACUUAUCUUCAGCGUUUCAAUUUGCUUGUGCAAAAUUGGAAGAAUUCAGGAUUGUACUGAGGCUUGAUUUCUUCAGUUACGCGCUAAGAGUUUUUGUGGACAAGCACUACGGCUAAGUACUUGUAUGCACUAGUGUUAUCAAUGUUGGUAGAAAUUCUCUUA